CACCACCACCACCACCACCAUCACUUGACUGCGCCUGUCAUUGUCAGCCACUGUCGAGUCGCAUUGGCUGCAAUUGGCUUCGUUGCAGACACACAUCGUGAGACCUGAGGCCGCAUUCACUCCCUUUGAGGUCAGCCUCAGCUCUCAAUUGCUGACAGAACGAGAGUGUGCCUUUGUUCGCUCCUUCUUCGAUUCGACACCCAUUGAUCUGACCACUUUGGCGUAUAUCGCAUCCGCUCUUUCUGUUUGCAGAGGUGGACCGGGAACUUGCCUUUUCCCCUCCUCACUCAACCAACACCACAUCAUUUUAACAAACCAACAAACCGAGCACUUUCAUCCGCGGACACAAUCACUGUCCUUGUCGCAGCAGUCGGUGGCCGACCUUGCACCAUGACGAAACCCCAGGGUACGGGUGGGAAGAAGAAGAACCAGUUGACGCUGGCUCAGCUGGCGGCUUACGAUGAUAUCUUGACGGACGCGCUCGUUGACCAUGCGUACUACUGGACCACCAUCCCCAAGAACCGCACAUCCUACCACCCAUCUAGAGGCAUCAAGGAGGAGGAGAUUACGAAAAUCAUCCAGAACCACCUAAUCGUCGAUCCCGACAUUGCGACCGCUGAAGAGAAACUGCUUGCCACCGACGGACUCAAGAGGUUCUGCAACACGCUCAAGACCCCCCGAGAACAAAAUGACUUCAAAGCGCACCUCCGCCGAUACAUGUCCAUCUACCUCCCCGACUGCCCCUUUGAGGUCAACGCGACCAACCGCUACACCAUUGUCACGUACGAGGCCAGCAUCACGGCCCGCCGCUUCAUUCAGCGCAACGAGACCAUCAAGUAUCUGGCUGGCAUUCAGGUGGUGAUCACGCCCGAGGAGGAAUUGGAAAUGUCGUUGCGCAAAAAGGACUUUAGUCUGAUUGUGAGCAGCAGGAGCAAGUCCACCAGCUUGUUCAUGGGCCCGGCGCGGUUUGCCAACCAUGACUGCAAUGCCAAUGCCAGGCUCAUUACCAGAGGGCAGGCAGGCAUUGAGAUCAUUGCGUGCAGGAACAUUGAGGUGGGCGAGGAGAUUACGGUGACGUACAGCGAGAGCUACUUUGGCGAGAACAACUGCGACUGCUUGUGUGCGACAUGUGAGAGCAACCUGAGGAACGGCUGGAGGCCGGUGGACGGAGAAGCGGCGGUCCAGAAGAGUAUCGAGGACGAGCAGCCGACCGAGUCAUCAACGCCUUAUUCAUUCCGGAGGAAGAGGCGAUAUGGGAGUACCGCUCUUCAGGCUUCGCGCACUCCUUCAGUGACGCCCGAUAUGCGCCCGCGCGUUUUGCGCAAGUCACAGAGCCAGAUGAUGCUGGAUGAGAGGACAUCGACCACGGAUUCAGGACAAGGAGCAGAUGGUCAGAGCCGCAAGCGAGCGUUGGAAAUGGGUACGCCCCCUUUUACGCCCACCAAGAAGCAAAAAACCACGCAGUAUCCGGUUGUCCCGAUUGCUCUUUCGACAGCGCCCUCUAGAGGAAGUUCGGACAAUGAGACGAGCAAAAGUCCUCUCUCAUUCAGCACGACCAACGAUAACGUUACGGACGCCACGUCCCAGGGCAGUGAAAGCCCGGGACCCAUCAUUCUCUCACCAGAACCCACUCCUAUUAAGCAGGCGACAGGUCUGUUGAAGCAGGAAGAGGGCGUCAACGAGGUGGCCGUUCAGCAGGUCCCGGAAGCUUUCACUCCGCCACCUAGUCAACCAACUGAGGAAGAGCCGCCGAUGGUCCGUCCUGCAUUUGAGCGUUUGGCUGCGCGAGAUAGGAUGAGCAUAGCCAACCUCAUUUCAGGCCCCUCGAGUCCCGCUCCGCCUUUGGUUUUCUCGGUAGCAGAGGUGACCACGCAUAGGCCAAAGCCUCAGACUCUGCAAGUUCAAAAGACAGAUCAGACAGCUACGACCAGCACUUUACCGACGGUUACAGCGGCCGUACAAAAGGAGGCCCCGGUUGUCAAGACCGAGAGCCCCGUCAAGCCUAUCGUUGGCCAAGACGAGAAAAUCACACAGGUUCAAACUACAACAAAAUCAUGCACCGCAUCGAAACCCAAGGCGCAAGCCGCCGCCUUGCCACAACACCACAUGCCCGUACCAACAGCGCCCCGCGGUCGCGUCCCCCGCGAUUAUACCCUCACGCCCCUCCUGCUCUCUGAGCCCGAAACGGCCUGGAUCAUGUGCACCCACUGCGCCUCGGCCUUUGUCCAAAAGAACGCCUACCUGACCAAGUCCACCUGCCCCCGGUGCGAGCGACACUCCAAGCUGUACGGCUACAUGUGGCCCAAGACGGAGAAAUACGGGCCCAACGACAAGGAGGAGCGCAUCCUGGAUCAUAGAAUGAUCAAUCGGUUCCUAACUGCGGAGGAGGAGGCGAGGGCUAGAGGGAGGGUGUAUUGGAGAGAAAGGAUGGGAAGCAAAGGCAAGCAGGGCUCUUCGGCCCCUUCUAUGAAGGGGACUCCUGCUGGGGAAAAGAAUGAGCAGUCAGCAAAGAAGGAGCAGAGUCAAGGACAAUACGUCCAGGAACGGUUUGCUGUUCGCAAAAAGGUCAAGGUCCAGGUUAGAAGUACGGUGCCGACGCCUGUGAUUAUGACUAAGAAGGACGAGGUGGCGGAGGCGGCUGCGUUGGGAUUGAGGCGGAGUGGAAGGGCGAGGAGGGUUAGUGCCAAGCUUGCGGAUUGUGAGUUGGACUUUUGAUGGUAUGGCGAUAUGAGAGACGAGUAAUGGGUUAUUUGAUUGCGAUGGACAAAGUGGGUGCAGUCGGCGGGAUGAAAAGAUGAAAGCCAGUGCUUGGUGGUAAUCGUGGUGCGAUGAAUUAGAUAUAUAUGGGUAACAGCAUAUUUAGCGUAGGCGUCAAUCGAGCUGUGUUCAAGCAUGCCAUAGGUACUCUCC